AUGAGAAACAUCAAAGAAGCACGGUUCCCAAAACCGAUGAGAUACGAUCCCAAGCAUAGGGAUCCCAACUUGUGGUGUGAAUACCAUGGGACGAAUGGCCACCGUACUGGGGACUACCGACAUCUCCGGGAAGAAGUGGCGACACUGUUGAAGAAUGGGCAUCUCAAAGAAUUCUUAACUGAUCGAGCCAAAAACAACUACGGUCGCAGCGGGGAUAACGCGGAACCCUCAAAAGCAGGAGAAGAUCCUUCACGCCAGACGAUUAACAUGAUCUUUGGGGGGAAUGAAAUCAAUGGGGUCACCUUCUCAGCAGCAAAAAAGACAAAAGUAUCGAUAACCCAUAGCAAGAGACUUCGGGAAGUUGCUGAAGACGACAUCACUUUCAUGGAGGAAAACACAGACAGAUUGUUGCUACCGUACGACGACGCAUUGGUAAUUUCUUUAAAUAUGCUAGACUUUAAAAUGAAACGUGUUGUAGCGGAUCCAGGAAGUUCAGCCAAUAUUGUACAAUGGAGAGUAUUGGAGCAACUAAACUCAUUGGAAGCAUCAUUCCAGCCAUAA